AACAUCAUCAUCAUCGUAUUCACCGUAAACGAGAGAGUUCGCAUAUUCAUCUUCACCGCAAACACUACCAAUCAUCAGUUCGUGAAACUCAAAGAGGCAACAAUAAUGGCUUCCCACGAACAAACCUACCGAGCUGGCGAAACCAAGGGCCGUGCUGAGGAGAAGACUGGUCAAACUAUCGAAAGCAUGAAGGACAAGGCCCAAACAGCAAAGGACAAGGCUUCCGGCAUGGCGCAGACCGCCAAGGAGCGGGCGCAGCAGACGGCGGGAAGCGCCGGCGGGAAGACUCAGUCGGCGAAGGACAAGGCUUCCGACACGGCACAGACUGCGAAAGAGAAGGCUUCUGGCACGGCCCAGAGUGCGAAGGACAAGGCUUCCGACACGACCCAGAGUGCGAAAGAGAAGGCUUCGGGAGCGGCGCAGACUGCGAAAGAGAAGGCUAUGGGGGCGGCGCAGGCGACGAGGGAGAAGGCGGCGGAUAUGACAGAGGCGGCGAAGGAGACGGCGCAAGCGGGGAAAGAGAAGACGGGCGGGUUUUUGCAGCAGACGGGGGAGCAAGUGAAGAGCAUGGCGCAAGGGGCAACUGAUGCAGUUAAGCAUGCGUUUGGAAUGGCUGAGACUGAUGAAGAUAACCCCAACAACACCAAUACCAAUACCAGGGAAAUUUAACUCUCUUAUAUAUAUAUAUAUAACGCCUCUUCUCUAGCUAGCUGGGUUGUUUUACUUUAGUUUGAGCAGGGAAGAGGAUCCUUUACUAUAAUAUGGAAUAAUAAGAAGAAGAAGAUGAUGCACCUUUGUUUUAAAGAUCAGAUCAACAUUGCCCCAGUCUAUUUUGAGGGUGAAUGUUUUUUUUUUUCUUUGGAGCUUAUCUUACCCUUACUCUUCUGCAACUUCCAUUGGCUGAAGUUAAUAAAAAGCAAUUAGUGGUUUAAUUAAUA